CCCACCCGAAACGAUUCCCAGCCCAGUACACAGCAACAGCCCAACACUCCAUCGUGCCUUGCGGAAACUGAAGGCGGAAGGCCCUUACUUGCGUAGCUGCGCUUAUCAGUUACGUCCUUAGACCGAGUGCGCAGCUGCGCGAACUGAAGUGCGAUUUGAGAAGGUCGAAGAAGAACGAAGAGUGAAGACGGAGCUUGCGACGAAGAAUCUGUGAGCUGCGAGCCUGCGACGAGGACGCGAACACCAGGCCACCAGCCGCGCCGCCUGCCGCCUGCCGCCGUCCACGCGUCCAGGGUCCUACGUCGGCCGUCCUUCCUCUCCGGACUCCGGCUCUCAGCUCUCCGAUUCCGGCUCUGCCAGUCUGCCUGCGGCCCUGCCUCCAGCGGCCAGCUCCACGCCUCCACUGCUCCAGCUUCCAGCCUUCAGGAGUCCAGGCUCUUCGCUCUUCAACCCUACGGCCUACGCACAUCAGUCAUCGUCCCAGGCUUCAGCAGCGGUCGCCAGCUUCUCCAGAGGUCGUCCCCUGCAGCGGUCAUCGUUCCUUCGUUCGACGGCUUCUCCGGAGCACAGGUCAUCGUUCAGAGCCAUGGGUAAGAAGGAAAAGAAGAAGUUACAUAUGGAAAACCCCAUACCAGAUCAAGGGGUUGAAGAAGCGGAAUAUAUUAAGGCGAACAUCACAAAGUCAGAUAAAGUGGAAGAGACUGAAAAAAUGACCGUGAAGAUUGAAGUUUUGAGCCCAGACCCAGAUAAGAUCCAUCCAAUUGUCGGUUACUUUCCAUCUGGCUACGAUCCAUUGAAAAAAAGUUCGGAGGAAACUGAUCCGGAGAACAUCGAGCAACCGGAAAGCAGCUUUAGUUUGUUUAGAAAUAGAAAAAGGACUACUCGGUUUCAGCUCGUCGUUGGCGGGUCGCAUGUUAAUUUUGUGGGUACGAAUUAUUCCGGUGAGGCCACGGCGGCGGAUCUUUGUCACUACUCUAUCGGGGUUCUAGACAAGGGGACUCAAACACUUAAGAUCAUUCCAAUUGCUGGAAACAAGAUUAUCAGGUUAGAUCCCAAGAUAGGACCUGACACACUUGAAGAUGAAGACAAUCUGGACAAGCAAGAAAUGACUGAAGAGGAAAAGGCAGCAAAAACGAAUGCUUUAACAGCGGCCUACUCUACCAAAAGAGCUAUAAGAAGGAGUAUGAAGCGUGAAGCUUUACUUCAACAUGCAAAUGCUGGUGCAGAUCAUGAAAUUGAAGGGAAUGAACUCACAAAUCAAAAUGCACUUGAAGUAUUUGGCACAACCAAUGAAGAUCGUAAUAUACCACCAUACAAUAUGGCUGCCACUACACCUGAGACAGCUUAUCCCUUGGACAAGAUUAUUUCCAAGGGAGAAUGGGCUUGCCUCUCAGAUAUCAUUGACCUUUCAGAAGCGGGAGAACCUUUUCGUCUCGAUUGUUUUCCAAGCUUUGUUUGCAACAGAGUGCAUACAUUGGCAGAUAUUAAGGACCAUACAAAGAGGCAGGAGCUGGCUGGAAUCUUUUCAUACAUCACACAUCUUGUCAAGUACAAGGACAAACACUCUCUAGAAGGUUUUUCAUCUGCAAAGAGUCACAAAAUUCCUGGCAUGUUGUUCCAAAAAUUCUCUUCAAUGUUUGGUGUUUCAGAAUCGAAGAGACUUCCUGCUGAAAAAAUUGAUCUCCUCAUCAGUUAUGUACUUGUUCUUACUCUCUACGUUGACAACUUCCGAACUGAUCCGUUCGACAUAGCCAAAGACCUCAGGAUGUCCAAGGCACAGUUAAGGCCUCGUUUUGAGUUACUGGGUUGCAAAUAUAUCCGUGACAACAAAGUUCCUGUAGUCACACUUCCUCUUCCUCUGAAAUUUGCAACAACUCAGAAAAAGCGAAAAAAGGCGCGUGGUUGAAUGUUUUGUGUAUCCUAAAAGUCUAAAACCAACCAUGCAGUCGUUUCAGCCCUUUUUGUUUGACAUUUUUGCCUAUAUGUAAUGAGCAGCUUGUACUCUACAUAGUACAUAUAAUUAUGGUUAUUUUUCUAAAUAUGUUGUGUUGGUCUUCAAUCAAAAGAGGCACCAAGUCAUAUUCAUGGACGGAAAUCCUUUGAGAAGGAAACCAUUUUAUUAGCUAAAUUUGAGGUUUCUU